ACUUGUUCUUGAGAUUAUAUUGCAUUUAGAUUUUAUAAACAAUAUCUUGUGAAUUGGAAAUUGGAAGAUAACUUAUUUCAGGUUUUUGCAGAUAAAGGUGAAUAAUUUUCUACAGGUGUAAAAUGGAAAAGUUAAAAUUGUAUGCACUUACUGGGCUUUUGUGUAUAUUGUGCGUGAUAUCCUCAGGAGUGAUCACAUAUUUUAUAUUAAAUCAUCAGUUUGAAAGUCAGGUAGAAGAAAGGUUUAAUGGCAUAAAGAGAGAAUUCAAAUACAAUAUUACAACUUCUACUCUGAACAUAGGAAAAUCUACAUUUCAAGCUUUUGAUUUUAACCUAAGAGAGAACAAUAGCAAAAUUGAAAAACAAGACGCCUCAACAGAAAUAACAAUUGUUGAAGGAUUCUCUUGUUCAAUUUACACCGGAAAUGGUACACUAAGUAGAGAUUCGAAACUUUACCGCGCUGCAACUGUACUUCUGGAUUCCAGGAUAGAAAAACUCGAAAGCAACAUCAGUAAAGGUGAAAUAAAAGGAGAUAAGGGAGAUCCUGGUACAGAUGGGACUUCGGGAAUGAAGGGUGGAAAAGGUUCACAAGGUGAAGAAGGACCACAGGGGCCGCAAGGAACCAACGGUAUUAAGGGUCAUAAAGGAGAACAAGGCAUGGUUGGUGCGACUGGAACUAAAGGUUUGAAAGGCGAACAUGGACCGGUUGGUGAAAAGGGUGAUAAAGGAGAAGUAGGUUUAUACGGGAUACCUGGAAAAAAAGGUUAUCCUGGUGCACGAGGUUUAGAGGGACCCUCUGGCUGGCAUGGACCUCGUGGUCCGCGCGGCACGAAUGGGGAGAAAGGGGAAAAAGGACCUACCGGUAGAACGGGAGAUAAAGGUACUCACAUGUUUGACAAUGAAUUCGUGAAUUAUGACAUCCUGUUGGAUCCGUUGAAUAUAGAUAGAUAGAUAGAUAGAUUUAUUUUGGUAAGGAGUGCACAUACAUGGACAAUUAAAAACAACAUGUAUAGUAAUUACAACAUAAUAACAUAAUGCAUACAUGAAAUUAAAAAUAGCCAUGACAGGCACACCGUCACCAAGGAUUACACAAAAAAUAGAAAACUCUUAUUUCCAUUGUGGUCCUUUGUGUUGGUGGCAUGACAUAGAGAAGCAUAACAGAGUUUACAGAAUUAUGUGACUAGAUGGAAAUUGAAGUAUGUGACUAGAUGGAAAUUACACAGCUAUAUCAAACAAAAAAUUAUGUGACUAGAUGGAAAUUGCACAACUAUAUCAAAAAGUAAAAUGCGAGCUCAAAUUAAAAUGUUCAUACAUCGAAGGCCAUACGAAUAGUUAUUAAAACACAUUAAAUAGUUAUUAAAACACAUUAAAGUAAUUAUGCUAAACUGUCUAGUAAAUAAUUCUUUACUAACGUUUUAAAAACAGGUAAUUUCUCAGUCUGUGCUAUACUAGCAGGCAACUUAUUCCAUAGAGAAAUACCAGAAAAGAAAAAGGACUUUAACCCAAAGCCUCCUAUAUGAAUGAACAGUAUACUGUUGGAUAUAAUUGUCUCCCAUGUAGUCCGGGGUUAACCCAUUUUUUAUCUUAAAAACAUGACACAGGAUAAUCUGGUCUACACGUUUGUUGACUGGUAACCAGUUGAGAGACUUAAAGUGCUCUGGGCCAAUGUGCGACCUAGCAUCAAGGUCCAGAACAAACCUCAUUAACUUAUUCUGUGUGGUUUGGAGCUUGGAUUUAAGUAACUGAGUCAGACUAUGGUACCAUAUAGAACAGGCGUAAAUGACAUUGGAUUAGGGCCAUGACAAGAAGUUUCUUGGUGUGUUGAGUAAGAUAACGUUUCUUCCGAUAUAGAUAGUUUAACCUUGCGUUAGCCUUUUUUAAUAUGGAGCGAGCCAUUGAAUCGAAAGAUAGGGUCUGAUCAAGGGAUGCACCAAGAUAUUUAACAGUAGAAGUUGGUUCAAUAGUUGUACCAUUACAUGUAAUAUCAAGAGUAUAUAUAAUUCUCGAUCAAAAUAGGUGGAAAUCAGAAAGGAUGAAAUGAAAUUUACAAUUUAUUUAUCAGGCGAUCUAAAAUACGCUCGAAUUUUAUGUAAUAAAUGCUUAUUGAACGUAAUAUGCAUACUUUGAUUACAAAAUGAUACAGUGAACGUAAAUCGUAUUCAGUGUUUUUUUUUAGCCAGACAAUCGCGUACAGCAUAAUGCAAGGACAUGUGUACAGAUUAGCAACUGAAUAAAUUCAAUAAGACGAAUUGGUUGAAACUUCAUCUCAUCACGUGAAAAUAGUGUCGAUAAGCUCGAUUCUUGUUGAUUUAGCGGAU